UGGGGGGAGUCCUAGUUCCGGCACAGCCGGUGCUAGAAAAAUUCACUGAGAGUCGAGGGGACCUGAGCGUGAUGUUUCCGUGGGGCGGGUCUCUUUAAGAAAUCCGAGCGCGCUAGCCCUUUAAGGUGGGAGAAGGAGGGGCCAACAGGAAGUAUGUCCGGCACCGGCUGCCUGGGCAGAGUCAGGGCAUUAGGGAGACACCGAGCCGACCGGUGCUGCCCUGCACGAACCCGACCCAGCCCCGGAUUUCCUAGCAAACAGACUUCUGGAACCUCCUCCUCCCCCAACUCGAUCUCGCCACCGAUCUGGUGUGCGACCUUGGGCAAGACUCUGGCCCUCCGCGUCCCCUCCGUCCCGGUAACAUGUGGGGACUGGAGAAGACGGUCUCCUAGGGCCCCGCGUGGGCCCUAACGUUCAAGGGUUAAGAUUCUCCCCAUCCUAUCGAUCUACCGUGGCCGAUGCCUUCCUGCCCCCACGUUCCAUUUCCUUUGUUGCCGCUCCGAACGUUCCCAUUAGCUGCAGCCCCAAGAGUUUUGUUUCCUGCAGCUCGGAACGUUCUAUUUGUUGCAGCUGCAUGAAAUUUGUUUAUUACAGCCCGGAACGUUCCGUUUCUUACACAUCGAAGGUUCCGUUUAGUGCAGCUGCAGGAGCUUUAUUACAGCCCGGAACGUUCCCUUUGUGGUUGCCGUGAGGUUUCUGUCUGUUAGGAUCCAUCUCUUGCCAUCUCUAACAUUCCGAGGCCAAGCUGGAAUGUAACAUUCUGCUGUUCAGGCCGGAAGGACCCCCUUAGCGCUUCCCUUUCCGUGUUCCUUACACAUCCAGCAUUCCCCGGAGCCUUGGAGGACUUACAUUUGAUGUUCCAGGAUCCUCCUCGUUCUAGCAUUCUCUCCCCACCAUUCGGGUCCUCCUACAGCUCCAAAGUUGUGUCCUCUGUUCCAAGGCUCCCUCCUGCGCUAAUCGGUUACUGAGACAUUCCUCGCCUGUGAUCUCCGUGUACUCAAGACUGCCCUUUCUCACAUCCCCGCCUCCACCGGUCCUAGUUUGCCUUCUCAGACAGCCUAAGUGACCCUCACUCUUCCCCUCCCCCCCCCAAUUCCUUUACCAUGAACAGGACCCCCCUGAAGCGCUCCAGGAUCCUGAGGAUGGCACUCACAGGGGCCUUGGAGCCCCCGUCCGGGGAGGGAGAGCCGGGGCAUGAGAAGCCAUUUUUGCUGAAGGCAGUACAGAUCGCCUUGGUUGUGUCGCUUUAUUGGUUCAUCUCCAUCUCCAUGGUCUUCCUAAACAAAUACUUGCUGGACAGCCCCUCCCUGCGCCUGGAUGCCCCCCUCUUUGUCACCUUCUACCAGUGCCUGGUAACAGUGCUCCUGUGCAAGGCCCUCAGCCUGCUGGCCAGCUGCUGGCCGGGCACCGUGGACUUCCCCUCCAUGCGGAUGGACCUGAAGGUCUCCAGGAGCAUCCUGCCCCUCUCCGUGGUCUUCAUCGGCAUGAUCACCUUCAACAACCUGUGCCUCAAGUACGUGGGGGUGGCCUUCUACAACGUGGGCCGCUCACUCACCACGGUCUUCAACGUCCUGCUGUCCUACGUGCUGCUCAAACAGGCCACAUCUUUCUACGCCCUGCUUACCUGCGGCAUCAUCAUAGGCGGCUUCUGGCUCGGCAUAGACCAGGAGGGAGAAGAGGGCACCCUGUCGUGGGUGGGCACCCUGUUCGGGGUGCUGGCCAGCCUCUGCGUGUCCCUCAAUGCCAUCUACACCAAGAAGGUGCUGCCCUCCGUGGACAGCAGCAUCUGGAGGCUGACCUUCUAUAACAACGUCAACGCCUGCGCCCUCUUCGUGCCGCUGCUGCUGGUGUUCGGGGAGCUGCAGAGCUUGGCCGCCUUCGACAAGCUGGGCAGCGCCCAUUUUUGGGGCAUGAUGACGCUGGGGGGGCUCUUCGGCUUCGCCAUCGGCUACGUGACUGGCCUGCAGAUCAAGUUCACCAGCCCGCUGACCCACAACGUGUCGGGCACAGCCAAAGCCUGUGCCCAGACAGUCUUGGCCGUCCUCUACUUCAAUGAGACCAAGAGCUUCCUGUGGUGGACGAGCAACCUGAUGGUGCUGGGUGGCUCGUCGGCAUACACAUGGGUGAAGGGGCUGGAGAUGAAGAAGGCACAGGGGGAGCCGAGCCCCAAGGAGGGCGAGAAGGAUGGGAUGGGGGUGUGAGCCCCCGGCCCUGCGCAGAGACCCACUGUGGGCUGGGUGGGCUGGAAGGGGCGGGGGGGGGGGGGCACAGGAUGUGAUGGCAGACCACUCUGAGGGGGUCAGAAGGAUUCUUUGGAGACCUCGAGUCUGUCAGCAUCUGGGGCAGUGGGGGCUGCAGUCAAAAUAGCUCUCUCUGGAGUGUUUGACAGUCUCCAGAGUUCUUUCCUCACAGCUGCCGCGUGUCGUUGUGUGUGUAUUAUUUCCCCAUUUUAUAGGUGAAGACACUGAGACUGGAGCAGUGAUGGGUCUCUUGGCCACUGAGCGCCACAGUCUUCCCGGCAUUUCUCUCACUACUGCCCAAAAAGAGGCAUCAGACCCUGGGUCAGGAGCAGCCGGAGCCUGCCACGGGGACCACUGCUCCCCUCCUCGCUCUGCUGUUUUUAGACUUUGGAGGAAGAAUCUCCUGUUGUCACCGUGGCAACCCCAAGCCAGGGGGAUGGAGGUCUCCAUCCUGCUGUGAUUCUUCUUCUCCCAUGGAGAAUUGUGGAUGGUCAUGAAGUCUCCCUGCCUGGAAGCAGAGCCCUCCUCCCUCCUUCCAUCUCCAUUCACCAGACCCCUUUGCAAGUAGGUGCUAUUUGCCACGCCACAUCAGAGAAAACUAGGGCCUUGGCUCCAAUGAAGAAAAAUGGACUAUCUUCCCCUCGAGGUGUCCAGGAGCCGCUGAGAGUGGCCGAGGGCUGGGGAGGCGACUUUGGAAGGAAGAUCAAAUGGAGGCUGGCUCUGGGAAAACGAUUCCCUCUGGAGAACCAUCCUUGGGCUCAGUCUCUGCCCUUCAAGGUUCCCCUGGCCUUGACUUGAGGAAGAACAGACUCAUUCCUCAGCCUGUGGCAGAGAUCAGGUUCUCCUUUGGCCGGCCACGCCAUCCGUCCCGAUCUGGGCUCAGAUUCCAGUGUGGAUGAGAACCAUCCAGUUGUCCAUUUAUACAGCCGCCAAUUUAUACAGCCGGUCUCUUAAGGGGAUGGCUUGUGCUGCGGUUUCCUUGAGCAGCCUCGUGUUUGGUCUGUGGCUCCUUUAUCUUCUGAGCUGGGAUUCAGUGGGGAAGGCUCCCCACUGUAAAGAGACUCCCCUUCCCCACCUCCCCCCCACCCCCAAGUCCCUUGUGAGAGGAAUUUUGGACCUUACCGACCAUUCUCUUCCUUCCCACUCCACCUCCAAUGAAGGCCAGGAAAAUGUGAUUUUUUUUUCUCUUAAUGCUGCUUAUGUCUUAUCCCCAAAUAGGGGCCAUUGGGCAUUUUAUUCCCAUGUAUUCCCUGGGAGGGAGGUAGGCUUAGGAUCAUUACAGGGUCUCCUCUGCCUCCCUUCCCUGUUUCCUACAUGUGCUAAAUAUUGACUUGAUUCAUAGGGUGACUUAAUAAAAGAUGAUUGUGAGGAGCACAGCAUCCUCAUUCUUCCAGAUUAAAUGUUGGAAAGGGGCGAGAUCUGCCUUGGAGAGGUGCUUAAUAAAUAUUUGUUGAUUGAUUA